AUGAACCCAUCACAAUCCACUAAUAAUAGCAUCAUUAGUAAUGAAACCACUACUAAAAUACCAGAAGGACAUUCAGUCACUCAAAGAUUACAAAGCGAAUUAGUACAAUUGAUGAUGAGUGCGCCACCGGGAUUAAGUGCGUUCCCAAUAAAUGAUGAUGACCUAACCAAAUGGAGUGGCAUAAUCACAGGCCCAGACAGUACGCCAUAUGAAGGUUUGAAAUUCAAAAUUUUUCUUCAAUUUCCUAAUAAUUAUCCAUAUGCUCCACCAAAGGUGACGUUUACCAGUCCUAUGUGGCAUCCUAAUGUUGAUAUGAGUGGGAACAUAUGCUUAGAUAUUUUAAAAGACCAAUGGAGUGCUGUUUAUAAUGUACAAACCAUUUUAUUAUCGUUACAAUCGCUACUAGAGGAACCAAAUAAUAGCUCCCCAUUAAAUGCAGUUGCUGCUGAGCUAUGGGAUAAAGAUAUGGAUGAAUAUAAAAAGAAACUAAUUGCCAGAUACGAAGAAAUUGAUGACAAUUAA